AUGCUCUUCCCACAUUGGGACUCAGCCACACAGACACUUCUCAAGAAGCACGGGCAACGAUUCCAUCACCAAGCACCUUUCCAUGGUCCACGUCGCCUGGACUUGACGGAAUUCAGCUUCUGGAGAGACCGCCUUGCCGAACUUUACGAGGAGAUCUAUCUCGCACCACCAGACAGCUGGAGGCAGCUCUGGAUUGACCGGCGGAAUCCGCACCAGUACUACAUGUUCUGGAUCGCUCUCGUGGUUUUUGCGCUCUCGCUCGUUUCGUGCGUGGCUUCGUUGGUGCAGGCAUGGGCUUCCGUGCAGGCACUGAAGCAGUCAUCGUCCAGAGAAAACGUUCACCAGCACGAGGCCAUAGCUCCAGCCCUGGAGAGCUCUCACUUCCUGCGGCGCACUAAACGAGCCCAAGGCGAGGACCUAGACACCAGGAACUGGGAUACCAACGUUGCAAGGAACCUUAAUCCAACCUCUAUGAGCGAUUUUCAACUGGCUGUUAUGCCACUACCGACUCGUAAAGAUCCCACACGUCCACCACGUUGUCAGAUGGAACCAGGAAAUGGCCCAAACCUUAGCCCAUUCCUGCUCAUUUACGACACUGCGAAUAGCCUGCGUGAUUUUUUCUUACACGUUGAUCCCUCUCGCCUCGUGUUGCACCCAGUCUCCCUCUUACCGGUCACCCCUUUGAUUCUGCAUCUGCUCUUGGUUCAUCAUUGCAAAGCCCAAUCCACUUCUCUGACAGAUACGCGCGUCGAGAAGUUGAGUGGUUCACCUCCUGGUAUGGACGAGAACAAGGCACCUAUCCCUGAGCGGAUUCGCUGGCAGAACGAUGAGGAGGCUGGCCAGCGAGUCCGCCCGGGCCUGCACCGCGGCAUCUCGACGGACAACUUGUCCAUUCAUAGUGUGCGGUCGAGGACAGGCUCUAUAGAUCCUUCCGCUGCCCUGCCUAUCCAGUACCGGACCGUAUCCAUCGACAUCGAUGACUUCAACAACAAGACCGCCACUGCGAAGAAGAACAAGGAUGCGGCAACUGGUAAGGUCUCACCAGUUGAAAUUACAAACAAGGACACUAAUUCUGACACUAUUGUGCUGAUCACAGAUCUCGCCGACCUCGAGUGGCACACCAUCACUGUUGAAGAACUUGCCCGUCGUCUUACGACCUCUACCAAGGAGGGCCUCACCGACGAGCAAGUCCGCAUCCGCUCCCAACAGUAUGGCAAGAAUGCGCCUUCGCCUCCUCCCACACACCACACGAAGCAAAUUUUUGGCUACUUCUUCAAGGGCUUUGGAUCCAUCCUCUUCGUCGGCUCAAUCCUCGUCUUCAUCGCCUGGAAGCCCCUCGGUAGCCCGCCGGCCCUGGCCAACUUGGCCCUUGCCAUCGUCCUCCUGGCUGUCUUCUUCAUCCAGGCCGCUUUCAACAUGUGGCAAGACUGGUCUUCGUCCCGCGUCAUGGCGUCCAUCAAGACGAUGUUGCCGGACGAGUGCCACGUCGUGAGGAAUGGCAACCAGACCAACUUGUCCGCGCACGAUAUUGUUCCUGGCGAUGUGCUUCUCAUCAAGGCUGGCAAUAAACUGCCUGCAGAUGUGAGGUUCAUCGAUGUCUCUAGUGAUACCAAGUUCGAUCGCGCCAUCCUGACUGGUGAAUCCGUUCCUCUCGCUGCCACUGUCGACUCUUCGGACGAGAACUAUCUAGAGACGAGAUGUAUCGGCCUGCAGGGAACUCACUGUGUCUCCGGUUCCUGCAUCGGUGUCGUCGUAGCGACCGGAAACAAGACUGUCUUUGGCCGUAUCGCCAAGCUGACCAACGAACCCAAGACUGGCCUGACCACCCUGGAGCGUGAGGUGCUCAACUUUGUGUACAUCAUCUGCUCCAUCAUGGCACUCAUGAUCGUUCUUGUUAUCAUCCUCUGGGCAGCAUGGCUCCGCAAGGACCACCCAGACUGGAUCAACGUGCCGACCCUGAUCGUGGACUGCGUCUCCGUGGCCGUCGCCUUCAUCCCCGAGGGCCUCCCCGUCGCCCUGACCGCCAGCCUGACCAUCAGCGCCAACCUGAUGCGCAAGAACAAGGUGCUCUGCAAGUCGCUCAAGACGGUCGAGACCCUGGGCGCCGUGUCCGUCAUCUGCUCCGACAAGACGGGCACCCUGACGGAGAACAAGAUGACCGUGACCGACUGCGCCGUCGGCGCCACCGUCAUGUCGGCCGACGACGCCCGCGACUCGCUGGUCGCCGAGCGCGCGCGGGCCGCCGCCGUCUCGGACGCCGACAACGACACGAGCCUGGCCAGCAACGCGCUGGAGCAGCUGCGCACCGUCGCGGGGCUCUGCAACGCGGGCGAGUUCGACGCCGCGACGCUGCACAUGCCGCUGGCGCAGCGGCGCGUGCACGGCGACGCGACGGACCAGGCCAUCCUGCGGUUCGCCGAGUCGCUGGGCCCCGUGGCGGCGCUCAAGCGCUGCUGGCAGACGCGGUACGACCUCGCGUUCAACAGCAAGAACAAGUACAUGAUCCGCGUGCUGGGCCUGAGCCACAAGGACGGCCUGCAGGACGCGCUGCCGUCCGACGUCGCUGCUGUGUUUGAGCCUGGUGACUUCCUUCUCACCAUCAAGGGCGCGCCCGAGAUCCUCAUGGCCCGCUGCACCAGGUACAUCGGCCCGACGGGCGUCUCCCACAGCCUGACCGACGCGGCCCGCGCCUCCAUCGAGGCCAUCAAGGACAAGUGGUCCGCGCGCGGCCGCCGCGUCCUGCUCCUCGCCCACAAGCCCCUCUCGCGCGCCUCCCUGAAGCACCCGGUCUCGUCCUCCCUCUUCGAGAAGGAGAUGAACGACCACGCGCGUGAGGGGCUCACCCUCGUCGGCAUGGUCGCCAUCGUCGACCCGCCCCGCCAGGAGAUCCCCGAGGUCGUGCGCACGCUGCGUGGCGCCGGCAUCAGGAUGUUCAUGGUGACGGGCGACUUUGCGCUGACGGCCACGGCCAUCGCCUCCGAGUGCGGCAUCGUGACGAACCGCCCCGAGGCCGUGGACGACGUCUCGGCCCUGUCGAGGAGUGGCCCCGCCGCACCGACAGCAGCCGCCGGCACGGACGGCAAGCACGCGACCGUCGCGCUCGCCGACAGGCCCGUCACCUCGAUCGUGCUGAGCGGCAAGGACCUCGUGACGCUCAGCCCGCCGCAGUGGGACGUCCUGGCGCGCGACUACACCGAGGUCGUGUUCGCGCGGACGACGCCGGAGCAGAAGCUGCGCAUCGUGCGCGAGCUGCAGAGCCGCGGCUUCGUGGUCGGCAUGACGGGCGACGGCGUCAACGACGCGCCGGCGCUGCGGGCCGCGGACGUGGGCAUCGCCAUCGGCCUCGGCGGCAGCGACAUCGCCAUCGAGGCGGCCGACAUGGUGCUGCUCGAGUCCUUCUCGGGCGCCGUCGCGGCCGUGCGCUGCGGCCGCAUGACGUUUGACAACCUGCGCAAGACGAUCGCGUACCUGCUCCCUGCCGGCAGUUUCUCCGAGUUCUGGCCCGUCCUGACCAACGUUGCGUUUGGGCUGCCGCAGAUCCUGAGCAGUUUCUUGAUGAUUGUGAUCUGCUGCUUCACAGACUGCCUGGCCGCCACCUCGCUGGCCUACGAGCAGGCCGAGGCCGACGUGCUCGACCGCCCGCCCCGCAAGGUCGGCGUGGACCGCCUCGUGGACUGGCAGCUGAUCGUGCAGGCGUACGGGUUCGUGGGCAUCAUGGAGACGACGACCUCGUUCGCCAUGAGCUACUGGUACCUGCAGCGGCAGGGGAUCCCCUUCUCGUCGCUGUGGUUCUCCUUCGGCGCCAUCCCGGACGGCAUGGACCCGGACUACUACAACGCGCGGCUCAACGAGGCGAGCUCGGUCUACUUCGUCACGCUCGUGGUGAUGCAGUGGUUCAACCUGCUGGCUGUGCGCACGCGCCGCCUGUCCAUCUUCCAGCACCCGCCGCUGUUCAACCGCGAGACGCGCAACUACUGGCUCUUCCCCGCCGUGCUGUUCGCCGUCGUCAUGGCCUUCUUCUGGCUCUACGUGCCCAAGUUCCAGGAGGUGCUCGGCACGGCCCAGGUCCCCGUCGAGCACUGGUUCCUGCCCAUGGCGUUCGGUCUGGGCCUGCUGCUAUGGGAUGAGGGGCGCAAGUACUGCGUUCGUCGGUAUCCUAAGAGCUGGGUUGCGAAGCUGGCUUGGUAG